AUGUCUAAAGUAAUUCAGCCUAAUAAUUUGGUUAUUGAUUCUGUAAUUGACUCUGAAUCUUCGGCGUUAGACAAUCAAAUAGCUAUAAAUGUUCCGUUUCCUCCAAAAAUCAAUCCACGUGAUUUAAUAACCAUGCUUCCCGAUGGAAAUGUUCCGACCAGAACUCCUAAUGCUUUCAUAAUUUAUCGUAAAGCAUUAAUUGAAGCUGUACGUGCUGAAGGUCAUAAUUUACCAAUGUCCUCUAUAUCUUCUAUUGCCUCUAAACAAUGGUACAAAGAACCUGAAAACGUGAAAUCCGAAUAUAAAAGACUUGCAAUUGAAGCAUUUAACUAUAGUAAUACCAUUAUUAAAUCAACAUCCAUAUCUCGUCGCAGAAAGAAUGAACGUUGGAAUACUAUUACUUUCAGUAAUAAUAGCAUGACUUCCCGUAAAGAUCCUAAAAGGCCCAAAAAAUUAACCAAAAAUUCAAAGGUCCAAUCUCCUACCAGACGUGGCUCUACUCCUGAAAAUGUAUUGCCAAAUACUACUAAUGAUAUCGUUAAUAAUCUUGAUACAAUUAAUGUUAACGAUACCAUUAAUGAUAAACAUGCGUUGACUUCGCCUAAUAAUAAUAUAUUUGUUGAUAUCGAUAUGAUUGGUAACAUAAACGAUACGAAUGAUACUUUAUUGACCACUGAUGAAAAUUUAUUAUCGUUGCCUGAGUGGGAAGAAUAUGCUUACCAAAGCCCCGAAAUUGGAUCGAUCCCAAGUAAUGAAUGUAUGCUUGAAGACAACCUUGAUGUCAUGUUAUCUCCCAUACCUCCAUUCAUUUCUGAUUCCUUUGUUAAUCAACAAAUUUCAACAGAAAUAUCGCAUCAAAAUAUUUGGAUGUUAGGAAAUGAUAUUAAUAACGGAUCCUAUUAUUAUGAUACAACUAGCCAAUUUGAUAAAAAUGUAGUGGUAAAUGAUGGCUUGUUUGGUCUUUCGGAAUUUCACGUUGAUACCGGAAAAUU